CUACAUCUGUCCUCUAAGUGUCAGUAGUCAAUCGGGGAAAUCGAAUCACCGCCGAAAUGAGGCGAAGAAGAAGCCCCGACCGUGGGGCGGGAAAUUUUGACACCUCGUCGAGUGGGAACAUCGAAAUGUCAUCGGAAUGAGUGGACAGGACCGAAUAAGAGGGACAUGGCGGGGUGGAAAUGAUGGUUGGAGAGGAAAUGGAGGAGGAAGGAGAGGAGGAGGCAAUUGGGGAUGGAGAGGAGGGUGGAGGGGUCGACCUUGGAGAGGGGGUUCAGGUAAUGGACGUGGAGGAGGAGGACCACACGGUGGGAAGGCUGGAUGUGAUAACAGAGCAUCGGCAAGUCACGGCUCUGGCACACACAGGGUCCUCCAUCAGGCCACUCUGGAUGUGCUGUGCCCUUACAAAGGAUGGUCGCUGUACUUCACUGACGGUUUCAUCGAGAGCUCGCCAAGCGUGGAGAAAAUCAAAGUGUUUGAGAAGUAUUUCACCUCCAAGAUUGACCUCUACGACAAGGACGAGAUCGAGCGUCAGGGCAGCGUACUGGUGGACUACGCGGACCUGACCACAAACGAGACGGUGCUAGCCGCGCUUCCUGCCCUGACUGCAGAGUUGAAGGACCAACCGGAGAUGAUCUUCAACUGUUUGGGAGUGGCCAUUCACCAGGUGUUAACUGUGGACUUGGAGAAACAGGCCGCCGAGCUGCCCGGCGACGAGCUGCCCGUCGCCGCGCCAAUUAUUAGCAUCCCUCGCAUCAGUGCAAGGCUGUACAACUACGAGCCGCUGACUCCGCUCCGCACGCUGCGCGCCAGCGUGUUCGGCUGCCUGGUGUGCGUGAGGGGCACGGUGGUCCGGGUGAGCAACAUCCGGCCUCGAUGCACCAGGCUGGCCUUCCAGUGCCUGUCGUGCUCCAGUACGCUCUCGCUGCCGCUGCACCACGGCAAGUACGCCACGCCCGCCAAGUGUACCCGGCCAGAUUGCCGCAGUCGUGCGUUCAGCGCCAGACGGAGUUCCCCUCUUACACACACUGUAGACUGGCAAAUCAUCAAGGUGCAGGAGUUGGUGUGCGGCGAGCAGAGGGAGGCCGGACGGAUCCCACGCACAGUUGAGUGCCACCUGACCGCCGACCUCUGUGACAGCUGCGUCCCCGGCGACACGGUGACAGUGACGGGGAUCGUUAGAGUCACAAAUGAUGGAACCUCCAGGUGGAAUAAGGACCAGUGCAUGUUUCUCCUCUACAUUGAGGCCACGUCAGUCAGCAACACCAAAGGUCAGCAGUCCAAGUGUGGAGGUGUGGGGUCGUCUGGCGGCUCGCCUGAGGAUCGCUCCGGAGGUGAGGAGUUUAGCCUGAAGGAGCUCUAUGCCAUCCAGGAGAUCCAGUCGCAGCCUGACCUGCUCAGACUCAUAGUGCACUCGCUAUGUCCUGCCAUCUACGGCCACCUGCUGGUGAAAGCGGCGCUUGUGCUGGUGUUGUUCGGAGGCCGGCAGAAGCACACGGGCAAGAACAGCGUCCCGGUGAGAGGAGACCCUCACGUCUUGAUGGUGGGAGAUCCCGGACUGGGCAAGAGCCAGAUGUUGCAGGCGGUGUGCAACGUGGCCCCUCGGGGGAUCUAUGUUUGUGGCAACAGCACCAGCACCGCAGGACUAACAGUGAGUUUGUACAGAGAUCCAGGAAGUGGAGAUUACGCAUUGGAGGCCGGGGCCUUGGUGUUGGCCGACCAAGGUUUGUGCUGCAUCGAUGAGUUUGACAAGCUGGGCAGCCAGCAGCAGGCCCUGUUGGAAGCCAUGGAGCAGCAGUCGGUCAGCCUGGCAAAGGCGGGAAUCGUUUCCUCUCUGCCAGCCAGAACGUCCGUGGUCGCCGCCGCCAACCCCAUCGGAGGCCAUUACAACCGAGGCAAGACCGUCUCAGAGAAUUUAAAGAUGGGCUCGCCGCUGCUUUCCCGCUUCGACGUGGUCUUCCUCCUCCUGGACAUCCCUGACGAGUCUCACGACCGCCGUCUGUCGGAGCACAUCAUGGCCAACCGUGCCAGCGGAGGCAAAACCAGCAGCGCCCAAGUCGGCAGGAGCAACAAGAGCGACGCGGAGACGUCCAUCUUGCUGGAACGCGCCGACAUGCCGCUCUCUGAGCGUUUGCAGAUCCGAGCGGGUGAAGCAACCGACCCCAUUCCGGCGGUCUUGUUAAGGAAGUACAUCAGCUACGCUCGCCACUACGUUCACCCCACGCUCUCGGCGGAAGCGGCGCAAACGCUCCAGGACUUCUACCUGUCGUUGAGGUCCCAGUCGCGAGCCGCCGACACCACACCCAUCACCACUCGCCAGCUGGAGUCGCUCAUCAGACUCACCGAGGCGAGAGCCAGACUGGAGCUCAGCGAGACGGCCACCAGGAGCCAUGCGGAGGAUGUGGUGGAAAUUAUGAAACACAGCCUGGUUGACACAUACUCGGACGGCCUGGGCAAUCUGGACUUUGAGCGCUCGCAGCUGGGCGCGGGCAUGAGUCAACGCGGUGCCGCCAAAAGACUCAUCAGCGCUUUGCACGCGCACGCUCAGCAGACCAAUCAGAAGCAGUUUGACCUCCAGACCAUUCGAUCGGUGGCGGAGAGGCUGAACAUAAAGGUGAUGGACUUUGAGGGUCUGGUAAGUUCUCUGAAUGAACAAGGUUUCCUGUUGAAAAAAGGAGCCAAGCUCUACCAACUUCAGACCGUCUGACAAGCCAAUUGGGCUUUACCAUCACUCACUGAACUGGACUGGACUGCAAAACUACCAUUCAAGAUCAAAACAAGCAACAGACAGGAGAGACCAGAGGUGGGGAGAAGUACCUGAAUCUGUUUUUUAAUCUGCCCACCAUGCAUUUGUCAUUGUCAAGAAUUCUGUAAUGUUUUUGCAUGAAAUUCGCCGCUUUUUCUUGAAAUUGGUUAGUUACAAAGUAUUUCUUAAAAUAAGGGUAAAUAAUUGGCGAAUCGGUGAUUUAUUGGAAAUAUAAUACAAUUCAAAAAUAAAAUGUUCAUGUAUUCAUUUAUAUUUAAAUAAUUCUAUUUAAAUUCUAAAUAAUACAAUUUAAAAUAAGAAUGGCGUAAUUGUGAAAACAUUUUACAAACUGUACAAAAUUUUCCCGCCCCUUUCAGCUACUUAACAUUUCAAUGGAUCGUUCUUGCAAGCAUGAUUUUUCAAAUUGUUUACAGUACUUUAAUUUGACUUGCACUUUAUUUGUUGUGCACUAGUUUGUUAAUAAAGCAUCUUUCUUUUUCGUAACCGA